ACACACCUUCAAUCCCAUCCUCCGCCGUGCUCUCCACGGGAUUCCAGCGCACGGGAGCAUCCAUUGAAUCAGCAUCAAUUCUAGCCAGAAUCCUCUUUGGCUCAAAUCGCUUUGCUAGUAGCAAUUUUAAUUUUGUGUUUUGGCUCGUUUUGGUUGCGUUGUCCCACCGACCAUUCCGACCAAAAGGACACACUGCGAGCUGCGCGCAAAAGUCUUCGCCGUUCACGACACCAACAGGAGACCACCCAUUGUGGCCAUCGCCGCCUUCCCCCAAUUCAUCCCACAACAUUUGUAUAGCGGCCCAGCCAUUCCCCCGCGACAUCAUGGCGCAAGUAGCUAGGCAUCUUCCGGCCCGUCGCAAUCCUCUGAUGCUCGAGGAUGUGCCGUCCCACACAGAUCUUGCAAGCCGUCGCCGCUUGGGGCAGACUCAACUGACCCCUCGCAUGGUCACUGCUGUUCCGGGCGCUGAGGUUGAUCCGUCGUCUCUCCUGGCGUUCGACUACGCCCACCUCAGAGCCCCUUUGCCCAAGGGUAUCGUCUCGGGCAUCUUCAAGUCCUCUCCUCCCAGCUACUUCCUCAUGCGCCGCAGCCAGGAUGGUUACAUCUCGGCUACCGGCAUGUUCAAGGCCACGUUCCCAUAUGCGUCGCAAGAAGAGGAGGAAGCGGAGCGCAAAUACAUCAAGUCCAUUCCCACCACGAGCUCCGAGGAAACCGCCGGCAAUGUCUGGAUUCCCCCUGAGCAGGCUUUGAUCCUCGCCGAGGAGUAUCAGAUCACUCCCUGGAUCCGAGCCCUUCUCGAUCCCUCAGAUAUCGCCGUCACAGCCACCGACAGCAGUGCGCCCAAGCAGAUUGCUCCCCCUCCCAAGUUUUUCGGAGCCCAGCCUCCUCUUGUUGCUCCCACACCGCCUACGACUCGCAGCACGCGCAGCCGUCCUAGCAGUCGCCGUUCCUCCAGCCCCGCCAAGUCUACAACCACCAGCAAACGCGGCACCACCCCCCGCAAUACCAAGCGCACGGUUACCACGGAAGCUUCUGCCACUACAGUUACUACUACCGCCACCGCUACCGCUGUCCCUUCCGCUGAAACCCCCGCCACCAGCUUCGCCGACUCCCAGGCCCCCACGCUCAUCAAUGGCGAGAUUCCUACCUCUACCCCGAUCAACACAGUUCCAGUUACCAAGAUCCAAACUACCGAAGCAGAGCUCAAGGUGGAAUCGAUCGAGAAGGAGCCUGUCGUCGUGCUGGAACCUAUUGAGGAGGAGCCCAAGAUCAAGGUGCGAGUCGAUGAAGACGUCAAGCUGGAUAAGGAUGGCGAGGAGGUGAAGCAUACCAAGGUUGAGCUUGAGGUGCCUCUAAUGGCGGGUGAGCCUCCGUCCAAGGAAGAGGCAAGAAAGAUGAUCGAGGAGGCCAAGGCGAUGGUCGAGGCUGCCGUCAAGGCUGAUGCUGAGGCCGCAGCUGCCCUUGUUGAGGCCUCCAAGGCUGGUGCUGAGGAUGAAAAGGCUGAAGGCGAGGCCAAGGCCGAGACCGAGGCUACCAAGGAAGAGGAGGCCGAUAGCAAGGGCAAGCGCAAGGCGGAGAAGAUUAGCGUCGAUGGGGAUGAAAAGGCUGCAGAUGAGGCUGAACAACCUCGGCAAGCCAAGAGGGUGAAGACCGAGGCAGAGUUGCGCAAGGAUAGAAUCCGGAAGCGCGCCUACCUCGGCCUCACUGCCACGUUUGCCGUAGGAGCUCUUGGUGCCCUUCUUCCCAUAAUCACACCGUAUGUGGCCAACGUACUAUAAACCCAUGUGGGGACGUAGACACCAAAUUUCUUUGUUCUGUUUAAGCCGAGUCGGCACAUGACGCGAUAUUGAAGGAGACAUGGGGCGCAGGCCGAGUUCGUUCAAGGAGUCUUCUGUGUACUAGGGAUAAUGGUCGUUUUGCUCUUGUAACUGGUUAA